GGGGCGGUGCUGCUGCUGGUGGGAAUUCUGAAUUCCAGAAAACUCGUCAGUUUUCUAAACUUGUGAGUUCGUUCUUUUGGUGUAAAUUGCACUUUUGGGUUUCUUAGAUCGUGCUGCCUUGGGAAAUGGAGAGUGGAAUCCGUGGGAAGGGGACGAGAAAAACGAGCUGCUUGCUUCUCAGCAGAGAUAUGAAGCUAAUCUUAAGAUGAUACAAAAUGCAAGAUCUCACGUAGAACAAACCAGUCUUAGGGUACAGAUUUGGGGCAAAGCAGCAAUUGGUCUUUACCUUUGGCAACAUAUUUUUGGAGGGCACCUUGAGCCAGCUGAUGUGACUGCGCAGUGGAGAGAAGGAAGCCAAAAAGCAGGAAAAACAUGUUUCAGUUUCAUCACUGGUCCAUCUGUAGUUCCUGGCUACUUCUCAGUUGAGGCUGAAAAUGUUGUGCUAGUUCUGAAUGGAAGAGAAAAAGCGAAGAUCACUUAUGCCACUCAAUGGUUGCAUUACGCACAAACAUUAAUUCAGACUCACAAAAUACAGCACAUAGCAGUUGUGCUGCUUGGAAAUGAGCAGUGCAACAAUGAAUGGAUUCAACCAUACCUGAAAAGAAAUGGAGGAUUUGUAAAUCUACUCUUUGUUACAUAUGACUAUGCAUUGGUAAAUGAAGAAGAUAUUUUCCAGUGGCCUUUAGGAGUUGCUACCUACAGAAAUUUUCCUGUUGUAGAACCCAGCUGGUCAAUGCUACAUGAUCCAAGAUCGUAUCUAUGUAAUUUCUUAGGAACAGUUUAUAAGAACUCUUCUAGGGAAACCCUAAUGGAAGUUCUGAAGCAGGAUGGGCUUGACAAACUUUGCUGGAUUGCAGCCAGAGAACAGUGGCAGCCUCAAGAAACAGAUGAAAGUUUCAAAAAUUAUCAAGAUGCCUUGCUGCAGAGUGAUUUGACAUUGUGCCCAGUGGGAAUAAAUACAGAAUGCUAUAGAAUUUAUGAAGCUUGUUCAUAUGGAUCUCUGCCUGUUAUAGAAGAUGUAAUGACAUCGGGUGAUUGCGGAAAUUCAUCAGUGUACCACAGUGCUCCAUUACAAUUAUUAAAAACCAUGGGGGCUCCAUUUAUCUUUAUUAAGAACUGGAAAGAGCUUCCUGCUGUUCUAGAGAAAGAAAAAAAAAUGAGCUUACAAGAAAAGAUUCAGAGGAGAAAAAAGCUUAUAGAGUGGUAUCGAAACUUCAAAGCAUGGAUGAGACAGAAAUUCAUUAAUACUUUGGAAAAUUCAUUUUUGCCAAAUGCUAAAGGAUAAAUUGUCCCUUUUGAAAAUCUAGAAUAGAUGGAAAGUCUAAUUUCCAUUAACCUUCCAAGAGAGCUUUUAUACAAAAGAAAUCUCACAAGGCAGAUGCAUUCCUUUUGAAGUCAACAGAAUUGUGCUAGCUUGGGCAAGAGCUACAUUUGACCCUUCAUCCUUAACAAUUUUGAGAGAGGUUGUUGACUUAGCAAGAUGGUAGUCUGUAAGGAUGACAACAAUUUUGUUAUCAUUUUUACAAUUUCCAUGUUGGUGUGUGACCUGAUAGAUUUUUUUUCUUUUUUAGGAGAAUAUCUUUGAGCAUGUGAACUUGUUAAAAUCUAACAUGAGUACAACAGUUGUGUUUGAAGAAAAGAGAAGAAUGGAAGCUGUAUGGUACAGGGUAAUUUAUUACGUAGACUAAAGAAGAGAAGUAUGAUUAUAGCAAAAUCACCAAGUUUAGCACAAUCAUUAAGAUGCAUCCUGGUAAGUGUUUUGAAAAUGUGAACUAUUUAUUUGAUUGACAUUUCAUUUCUAAGAAAGUGGCCAUAAAGCUAAUGAAACACUGUGGAAUAAAAGUUUAUAUUUCAAGG